AUGGCAGCCUUCGAUCCUUAUUCCUCAACGGCGCGACCGCCACUUGCAACCGCUGAUGCGCCCUCCAUGGCUGACCAGCUCCCCAAUAUCAACUUUCGAUUCGAGGACCUACGCUCUAGAAUGACCCAGUUUUCCCAAAAGUUUGACUCGUUUAUUGAAAGAGGAAGAAAGCAAGUGCUAGAAGAAAGAAACCAGUUUUAUAUCGAUCUUGCUGAACUUCAAGAGGACCAGCGGAUGAAGGAAAAGGAUAUUGAAAUACUCAAUUUGAAAUUACAGACGCAUGGGCAAACUCUCCAAAAAGAGAGCGCCGAAGCUGCUGAGAUUCAUGAUGCCAUAUCGCGAAUCAGCCAACAGCGCGACGCUAGGUCGGCCAUUCGCGAUCGACUCCAGCAACAGAUCAACGAAACUCAGCGAAGCAUAAGCCAAAGGUUGGAAGCGCAAAAAGCUCACGCCAUGCAACUCGAAUCACAGUCACGUCAGAAUGUACCUGAGUUAGAAUUCUGGCAAGAUCUACUCUGUUUACGAAUUGAAGGAGCCGGGAGAGAGGACCGGUUAAAGAUUAUUUAUACACAUCUCUUGGAGAAGGAUUGGGAUAGGGAAGCCUGGUUUGAGCUCGGAACUGCUGGUCAUGAAUACGAGGUUCUACACUGCCGCCCUAAACUUGAAAAAUCCGCCAUCGCCGAAGUAGUGGAAAUUGUGAACGAUGAUAGAGACUUUGGUGCCUUUCUGAAAAGAAUGCGGAAGCUCUUCGUUGCUGCUUUAAAUUGA